AUGCCCAACAACACUCGUUGCGGGUGCGCUUACCAGGUUUGUCCCUCUCCCAUGCGGGUAUCCAUGCCCAGUAUCCGUAAGGUAAGGCCAGCGCGGAUACCUGCCUACACUGCUACAGCCUACCUGCCUGCAACUGCAUACCUAUGCGAUAAUGAAAAGGCCGCACUGGCUGGCGAGCUCACUCGCAACUUGCAAAGCAGGGAAGAUGGGCGCAUAGGGCAGCAAAGCUCAGCUGGACUGUUCCGUUUCUUCCACACCGGCCGCCUUCUAUUCGUCCUAUCUCAGGCAUCUCGAUUCACAGAGGGGAAGACAAAAACUCGCAGAGCUAGCGACCUGCAAAAAGUCCUGGAUCGGACGUGGGGCUCCAAGGCUUUCCUAGGACUUUUUUCCUCGGUACACCGUACCGUACUGUUUCACCGUGGUGAAGAUUCAUUUCUGCUCUGCGCCAAUCAUUUUGCUUUCCCGGAUAUAUCCACACAGUACCUCUCUCUCAUCACAUAUACACUUCACCACACUCUUGUCUGUCUCUCCAGACAAACUCCAAUGAGCCCAGUUUCUCGCCGAUGGGCCAUACAUCAAGGAGACGCAACGUCAUGGUCACUUAUACACAUUGCCCGGCAGUCAGUCUUGAUAAGGUUCUACCGCCCAGCUGAAGCACUAAUCUUGCUUUAUGGAGGCACGGAUACUGUAUGGCAUUGUAUAAAGCGGACGGUACCUGUACCACCAUCUCCAAGUCUCGGGGAGUUUAUCGGCCCAGUUUUCCCAACACGGCCCAUCCUCGCAGUCGCCGGGCUUGCAGCAGCUGCAUCAUCGCCCGAUCCCCCAUCACGACCACCACGCACAAAUCACACUUCACACACGCGCUGCCCGUUCACGCUGACUACGCAGGAUUCAUCCAAGUUGCUUCUAAAAGCCGAUAAUCCCAUGAACGAUACCGAGCACAUGCCAAUGUUUCCAUAUUCACCAUUCUACCUCUCAGUAUACACCAGAGGUGCCCGUCAUGUUCUUCUCCACCACCAGCAAACGUCUCAAGCAUCUGACAGAUUCCUCAAUACAAGAGGCCUCCUCGCCAACGCCAUCGCCAUCGCCACAGAGCUCUAUACACCACCGCCCACCUCGCGAUUUGGGGGUUUUUUACCACCGGCCGACUUAGCCUCCCGGCUGACACCUCUGCCGGAGAGGUCUCGCCAAAAUGCCCCUCCCGCCACCACACAGCUGCCGGCCGGCCUUUCCGGCCCAACGCCGCGCCACACCGACGGCCAACCCAUCAACCCCGAAUCCGGGUCACCGCCUGUUACUUCAUCAAAAGUCACCUCUCAUCCUAUCGUUCUCGUCCCAAUCAUAAACAAGAUCAACGGAAAUUUCAAACCACGGCUCAGCAUGUCAUCUUUGAACCAAGCACAUUGGAGCACGUUGAGCCGCCAAAUGCAUACUCAAGAGGUUAAUGCCAGCCAUGGAAACACAAGUGACAACAACCACUAUGACUUAUCCGAGGGGGUGGGAGAACACGUAAUUCCAACCCGCCAACUUCGAGGGCUUGACGUCGCGGAACCGUUUCGACCCACCCUCGCUCCGCGGCCGCCGUCCAAGGUGGCCCCCUUCCCCCAACCCACCCGGUCCGCGUAA